GAUUAUUAUAAAAGAAUAAAUAGAUACAGAGAUCAAAUUGAUUGGGAAUACCACUCCAAUCAAGCAAGUGAUUAGAAACAGUAAUGAGAGAAACAUAUGUUGUUUUGAUACCAUUGUUUGUGUUGUUACUCUGUAAUGAAUUCGUAAUUUUAGCAGCAUCAUCAUCGAGCAGCUUGAUUAAUAAUAAUGAUGGGGAGGAGUGCAAGGCAUGGCUAGUUCAGUCCAUUCCCACCGACAUGCCUCAUCUCUCCCUCAUUCCCGGCGUCCUCGCUACCGCGGACGUGUUAAGAUGGUUAGCUGGAAACUCUACCCGCAAACUAGACAUAAUGGCGCAGUACUGGCAACUGGUAGCCCAUCCUGACGAUCCUCGUUCUGGGGAUUAUGGAUUUUCUAAAGAGGAAAUGCAGAGCUUUGGUUCUUCUGAUGGUUCAAGUGUAUAUAAAUCCAUUGAAGACGCCGCUGAUCGUGAUGUCAAUAUUAGGCUUUUGCAGCAUUCAGGAGUGUAUCCUGAUUACACUGAAGAACCCUCUGCCCUUGCUUCGGGGAGGGCGAAUGUAAAGAAUGUAACCUUGUUGAUAAAUGAUUGGUUUGAAUCGGGUGUGCUCCAUGCCAAAGUUUGGAUAUCAGAUUCUCGACAUGUUUAUAUUGGCUCUGCUAACAAUGACUGGAAAUCCCUUACUCAGGUGAAAGAACUGGGAAUCUAUCUUGUUGAUUGUCCAACUAUAGCUAAUAAAGUUGAGAUCUUCUAUGAUAACUUAUGGAAACUUGGAUCUCUGAAUUAUUCGGCUUACACAACUAAGAUAUGGGAUCAGCAAUGGCAGAUCAGUAGAACAGUCCCUUGUUGGUCACAUUUUAUACCAUCUAAAGGAAGGUGCAGAUCUCCUCUCCCUCGUUAUGUAGAGGUUCCUCACACAGCCGGCUAUCCAAUGCUCACGGACCCUUCGACUUUUCAAAUACCAAUUCAGACUCCUGCAUGCAAUAAUUCAAAUUCACAGCCUCUAUUGAGCUAUCUAUCAUUUGCUCCUCCUGAGCUUUCAUUUGGGAAGUACCAAGCAGACGAACAGGCAUGGAUUGACACUGUGAAAUCAGUAAAAAAUGGUGGAACUGUGCGAAUCAGUACCAUGGAUUGGCUUGGUCAAUCUGAAUACGCGGCACAAACUGUUUACUGGUCUGCUUUAUCCACCGCGAUUUCAGAGGUUAUAUUCUCGAAGCAUGCAAAAGUGAAGAUACUUGUAGCUUACUGGGCGCAUUUUAUCGACAACACUGAUCAAUAUCUGAAAUCUCUUCUGUAUUCCAAUAAUCUAUGCUCUUCUUCACCAGACAACAAAUGUUCUGGUAAAAUUGAGAUCAAGUACUAUAUGGUACCAGGUUAUAAUUCGACUGGUCCUGCAAUUAGUAAUGGAACAAGCACAGGAAAUAAGUAUCCGGGUUUCACUAGAGUCAACCAUGGAAAAUACGCAGUUAGUGACAUGCGAGCACAUAUCAGUACUAGUAAUUUGAUGUGGGAUUACUUUUAUGCGACAGUAGGUGUCAGUUUUGGAACGUAUAAUCCGGCAAUUGUGUUGCAGCUUCAGCAGAUAUUUGAUGCUGACUGGGAUUCACCAUAUGCAGUUCCGGUUCAACCAUUGCAGGAUGGACAUGCUUUUUCAAGUUGAAUUAUUUCGAUAUAGUUGUGAGUUCCUCUGGUUUAGAAAUCAAAACACCCAUUUGGGACAUGAUAUUUCUUAUGUAAUAUAAAUCGUUAUCAAUUUAUCAUAGAUGUCAGAAGCUUUUCGGAUAUUAAGAAUCAUUUCCCACUAA